AUGAAUUCUACUACCACUACUGAUGUUCUUGGUAUGGAAUCUGCCACUACCAUCAAUGUUAAUAAGCUUAGUGAUGCUAGGAAUGCAGGAACAAGAUAUUCAUCUAAUUGUGUGUUGGUAUUAACUGAAGGUGAUUCAGCAAAUGCAGCAGCAAUAUCUGGUGUUGAUCUUAAAGAACAGAUUAAAAUACCUAUACUGGCUGCUUAUGUUUCUGAACAUACUGAAUAUCACCAUAGCAUAACCAGUCUUUAUUCAACCAUAAUUGGUCUUGCACAAAACUUUGUAGGAUCAAAUAAUAUUAAUUUACUAGAACCUAUAGGUCAAUUUGGAAGUAGAAAAGAUGGUGGUGACAGAUGUACCACUGCAGAGCCUGAUUAUUUAGAUACUAGACUUACUAAGUUUGCACAAUUAAUUUAUCCCCAAGUUGAUGAGGCUUUAUUAGACCAUUUGUAUGUUGGUGUUGAGCCAAGGUGGUAUGUUCCUAUCAUCCCAAUGAUAUUAAUCAAUGGUGCAGUAGGUAUAGCAUCAGGUUGGAGCACUAACAUUCCAAAUUUUAGUCUAAAGGAUGUCAUUCAGAAUUUGAAACAAAAGAUUAAUGGUGAAAAUAUGAUCCCAAUGCAUCCUUGGUGUCAUGGAUUCCAUGGAGAGAUAGAAGAAAUUGUGUAA